AUGUCGUUUUCUUUUGGGUUUGCCGAAGAAGGUGCGGGCGAUACAGGCGUCCCGGCUGUGGAUACACAGGAUAUGCAGAGUAUGCAACAAAUACAUGCACAGCAGGAGGAUAUAUCGGAUCUGCAGCGUGCCCAGCUUCCUGACAAGAUUUCCUAUUCGCCUUUGAUGAUGCGUGUAGGCAACAAGGACAUUGCAGUGCCGCGGCGCGACUUGUUUGAUGUACGCUUCCAACUUUUGCAUGAAACCAAUCAGGAGAGUGUGGGUGUUGUUGCUGCAGAGGAGAACUGUGAUUUGGUCCCAGGAGUCUACGAAGGCGGCCUCAAGACGUGGGAAUGCGCCCAGGACUUGGUUGCCCAGCUCGCACGGACUAGCUGCGCAUAUGCAAAGCAGGAUACAGUAUGGCCGUUAGGCAAGCAUAUAGCCGAGAUUGGAUGUGGCACAGCCAUUCCGUCGUGCUUUUUGCUGCGCACGCUUCUGGAUAUUCCCAAAGACCACGUUCCAGAGGGCUUGCACACGGUCAUGGAUCUGUGUGAUUAUAACCACCAGGUUCUUGUCUUGGUCGUAUACCCAAACUUGCUGCUCACUUGGUACUUUUCGCCUGAAGGCCCAGGAGCGAAUGAUGCACAUUGCGCGUCGACACCGGGCGAUAUUGAAUUGGACAAUCAAGUGUUGGACGCGUUUGAGACUUCCUUGAAGCAGCGUCAUAUCCAUCUUCGCUUCUUUUCCGGCGGCUGGAGUACGCUGGAUCUCCGCGUCAAUGGCAGUACCAAGGCAGAUAUUGUCAUCUCGAGCGAGACUGUAUACUCGCUUGCAAGCCUCCCUUCUCUGUACCGGAUCAUGCGUGAAAUUUCGUGGCCAACAGCGCAGGAUGCGCCACACCCUGGCCUAUCGCCAAAUACGACGCUUUGCCUGGUCGCUGCCAAGGUGCUGUACUUCGGCGUGGGCGGCGGCAUUGAUGCGUUCAUUCGAAAAAUCGAGCAGGACCACGGCUGGGCUGCUGUGGAAAAUAUAACGCAGCAUGGAGUAGGCAGAGUCGUGGAGCGUGUAGGGUGGGCUACAUAG